AUGGAGUGUAGUGCUAUGCUCCAAAGAGAAUUACCAGUGAAGAAAAAUGAUCCUGGAAGUUUUCAUAUCCCUUGCACCAUAGGGAACAUAAAAAUUGAGAAAUCAUUCUGUGACAUUGGUGCAAUCAUAAACUUGAUGCCUCUAUCUCUCAUGAGGAAACUCCAAAUUCUUGAACUGAAAUCAACUCGGAUAGCUCUCCAAAUGGCUGACAAAUCUAUAAAGCAUGCACUAGGAGUUGUGGAGAAUAUGCUGGCAAGAGUAGGUAAAUUUUUCCUCCCAGCUGACUAUGUCAUCUUAGACGUGGAGGAGGACUCUAACAUUCCCAUCAUUCUGAAGAGGCCUUCCUUAGCUACGGGCAGAGCAUUAAUAGAUGUCAAAAAAGGGGAAUUGUUGCUAGGAGUGCAUGAUGAGCACCUAGCAUUUCAUAUCUUCAAGACCCUGCAUCAGCCCACUCAAGAAGAGGAACGCAUGAAGGUUAAUGCCAGAGAUCAGAGCUUGAAGGAGGCAUUAAAUGAGUUAACUCCAAAGCUUCUAAACCCAUGCAUGAAAGAAGUAGAACUAGAACCAAAACCCCCAGAUGAGACCCUCUGGUGCGGAAUUUAUAACCACUAA